AUGGAGCCCGCGCCGCUCAAGCUGCUCCCGCUGGAUCCGGGCGACGAGAGCAGCCAGCGGUGCAGGCUCGGGCCGCGCGCGCUGUCCCUGCUGGGCGCCCGGCUCGGGGCCCCGCUGCGGGUCACGCUGCCCGGCGGCUGCUGCGUGUGCACCGCGUGGCCCCGGCACGACCGGGCGGACGGCUACGUGCAGGUCGACCUGCUGUGCAGGACGGCGGGGCUCACCGCGGCGGCGCUGAGGAACCUCGCGGUGGACGUGGGCCAGCUGCAGCUCUUGGCCUGUCACCGGUUAAAAAAGGCGGCUGUGAGAGUGGUGCUGAGGAGCGCGGCGCUGAAAAGAGCAACCCCCAGGGGCAUGCUGCAGGAGGUAAUAAAAGAGCUGCUUAGAAAUGUCUAUGUUUCUGUCAAUUACACCGUUGCAGUUGCUCCAUCUCAGGAAAAUCCAGUGGUUUAUAUCGAAAUACUCUCCACAGACCCUUUGACAGAUGAAGCUGGGCUAGUAACGCCCCAAACAAGYGUCAGAAUUAAGGAGGUGCUCACGUUAGAGUGGUACAGGCACUUAACGGAAGACACMGCGCACGCCUCGGUGGCGGGACUGGACGAUGUGGGAAUGUCUCUGAAGGAAAUGGUCGAUUUGCCCUUCCGCUUCCCGAAAACGUUCAGGAAGCUGGGACUUUCUGUCCCAAAUGGAGUGCUGUUAGUGGGCCCCCCAGGUGUAGGGAAAACCCUUCUGGUAAAGGCAGUAGCUAAAGAAGUGGGCGCCUAUCUGCUCUGCAUCAGUGGCGCGGCCCUGUACGGCUCAAGACCCGGAGAAAGCGAGGAGAAUUUGCGAAGAGUUUUUGAGAAGGGCAGAGAAAUGUCCCGGGAAGGACCCACCGUGCUCUUUAUUGAUGAAAUCGACUCCUUGUGCCCAAAGAGAGGGAGAUCUAACAGUGCUCCUGAGGAUCGGCUUGUUGCCCAGCUGCUAACAUUGCUGGAUGGUGUGGGCUGCAAAGACAGGAUGGUCAUUAUGGCAGCAACAAACAGGCCUGAUGCCUUGGAUCCUGCACUGAGAAGACCUGGCAGGUUCGACAGAGAGGUUAUUAUUGGGACACCGACAUUUUUACAGAGAAGAUCCAUCCUGCAGUUGCUCACAGCUAACAUGCCAGUUUCUGCAGAUGUUGAUCUGGUUAAGCUGGCAGAAAUGACCACUGGGUAUGUUGGAGCUGACCUUACAGCACUCUGCAGGGAAGCUGCUAUGCAGGCCGUGUUCCAAAGCUCUCCGGAUUCAGCGGAAAUUAGCAUGGCAGAUUUCCAAGAAGCUUUUAAAAAGAUUCAACCAUCCUGUUUUCGAGGUGCUGUUGGACUAACAGAAUGUAAACCUGUUACCUGGGAGCAAAUUGGUGGUCUUGAAGAAGUGAAACUGAAAUUAAAACAGAGUAUUGAGUGGCCUAUGAAGUUUCCUCAGGCUUUUGCUAGGAUGGGCCUGGCACAUCCAAAGGGUAUUCUUCUCUAUGGGCCAUCAGGGUGUGCUAAAACUACACUAGUAAAGGCUGUGGCCACCAGCUGUCACUGUUCCUUUCUCUCUGUAAGUGGUGCUGACCUCUUCUCGCCUUACGUUGGGGAUUCAGAGAAGAUUUUGUCUCAGGUUUUUCGCCAAGCACGAGCAAAUACUCCAGCAAUAAUAUUCCUGGAUGAGAUUGAUUCCAUCUUGGGAUCUCGGUCACACUGUAAAAGCGGCCAUGGUGUCUCGGAGCGAGUUCUUUCUGUUCUUCUCAAUGAGUUGGAUGGAAUUGGACUGAAAGUCACAGAAAGAAGAGGAAACAAACUACAGCUUGAGGGUGAAUGUGAGGAACAAAGUGAUGAGGAGAGGAAGCUAGAGUUUCAAGAAACUUUGAACAAGGAUGUCAUGGUAGUUGCUGCAACAAAUAGACCAGAUAUGUUGGAUGAUGCUUUGUUGCGUCCUGGAAGGCUAGACAGGAUGAUCUAUAUUCCACCUCCAGACCUGAAGGGAAGACUUUCUGUUCUGGAAAUCUGCACAAAAAAAAUUCCACUAGAUACUGAUGUGUCAUUGCAAGACUUGGCACUUCAAACAGACCUCUUCUCUGGAGCUGAUAUUGAAAAUCUGUGCAAGGAGGCUGCUUUGUUGGCAUUGCAAGAGAAUGGACUUGAAGCAACUACUGUUAAACAUGAGCACUUUGUAAAAUCACUGAGGACUGUAAAACCAUCCUUAAAUGUCAAAGACUUGKAUUUUUAUGAAAAAAUCUAUAAUCAAAAAUUUUCCUCUUAAAUCAAAAAAGUGAUGCAGUAUAAAUGUUUUUAAAUAUCUUACAAACCAAAGCAAAUGAGACCCUGUUCUUCAAUAUUGAGAUCAUGUAUCGAGACAUGUAAGUUUGCAAGCAAGUACAGUACUAAAAAGCCGGAAAAGUGAUAAUGAAAAUCUCAGCCUUUGUGUCUGCUGAAACUGGYAGUGGAGGGGGAAUAAUGAAGUGGUUCUGUACAUUUUCUCAUUCUCAGUAUAAACCAGGGAAGAAUAAGAAAAAUCAAUUUGAAAACAUGUUGUGAAGUCUCCAACUAAAAAAAAAAAGGGGGGAGUAUGAGGAAAAAGUUCUUUGUAGAGAACUGCAUAUACUAAWGUAUAAGAUUUUUAUAUGUGCGCAACUAUAAGCUUUCUUUCUGGAAAGCAGAUUCCAAGAUAAACUUGUAAUUAAACAGUUGUCAGUGUUUAAUAUUUUGUUGUAAGUUGAAGAGUUUUCUGUUUGAGGUGUGGAGCUCGCAAGUGAAGCGUUUGUAGGGUUGGGGAGGAUCACCCUAGAACAGCUCCCACUGACUGUACCAACAUUUGAAUUGGCAUAGAAGAGUGUUUAUUCUGUUAACAUUUCUGUAGCAUUUUUUCC